CCUAUUGGUCGGUCCCUCUGACUCGACGUCAUAGUCGCCGGUCCGCGCUGUUGUUUACAUCAGUUCAUGUUUUAAUCGCCAGAUGUGCUUCAGUCAGGAUGAUGCAGCUGUUUUAACGUUACACACCGAAAUGUACAAAGACCCCGCCAUAGAGGAGGGAGGUUCCGGUUAACGCUCCCGACUGUCACCUGAUUUCAAGAGGAAACGUGCAUCGACUCGGAGACUGGUUGUCUUUGUGCUUUACCUCCUAAACUCGGCAGCUCAAAACCUCACUGAAGGAACGGCGUAAUGUGAAAAAGGGAACCGUCAGAGUCCGAGAAGCCGGUCUGACUUCACCAAACUGGCCGCAGCUUUUAGUGGAUCCACGGAGCUCAUGAAGACACAUCUGUUGUGAGUGGUUUUGGUGUGUUGUUGGUCAUAAUGUCGGACACAGAAAUGUCUCUACCUUUGGUCCGGAGGGUCAGCUAUGCGGCGGGACACUUUCUCAACGAUCUGUGCGCCUCCAUGUGGUUCACCUACCUGCUGGUGUUCUACCACUCAGUGCUGGGAUUCCAAAACACCAAUGCAGGCGUGUUGCUGCUGGUCGGGCAGAUCGCUGAUGGCGUCUGUACGCCUCUGAUCGGCUACGAGUCUGACCGAACGCCUGGCUGUGGAAACUACGGCAAGAGGAAGACGUGGCAUUUAGUGGGUACCCUCAGUGUGAUCAUGUCGUUUGCCUUCAUCUUCAACCAGUGUCUGGGCUGCGACUCUUUCACCCCUCAGUGGGCCAGUCUGGUCUACUUCGUCCCGUUCAUCAUCAUCUUUCAGUUCGGCUGGGCCGCCACGCAGAUCUCCCACCUGUCCCUCAUUCCAGAGCUGGUCACCUGUGAACACGCUAAAGUGGAGCUCACUGCAUACAGGUAUGCGUUCACUGUGAUCGCCAACAUCACCGUCUACGCCAUGGCUUACCUGCUGUUCCACCUGCAGGCCGGAGGAGACGACGACCCGCUGAGCGAUGAGCUCGGACCCAGAGACAUCCCUGUGUUCAGGAAUCUGGCAUUAAUCGUGUUGGGGAUCGGCGCUCUCUUCUCCAUCUUCUUCCACGUGGGAACCACUGAGAAGAGACCCGGAGACGACGAGGAAAGGAGGAGGAAGAGGAUGGAGGAGGAGGAGGAAGAGGAGGCGGAGGGGGAGCGGAGGCCUCUGCUGUCUCGAUCUGAACCUUCUGCGCCUUUACUGCAGUGGAAAUGUUGGCUGGAGCAGCCGUCGUUCUACCAGGUGGCUUUACUCUACAUGUGCACCAGAUUAAUCGUCAAUCUGUCCCAGACGUAUAUCUCAAUGUAUCUCAUCAACACUCUGCAGCUGCACAAGAAGUUCAUUGCGACGAUCCCUCUGGUGAUGUACGUGAGCGGCUUCCUGUCUUCUUUCAUCAUGAAGCCUCUCAGUAAACUCAUCGGAAAGUGCCUCACCUACUUUGUGGGCCUGCUGCUGAUCAUGGCCUUCUCCUACUGGGUGCUGCUGGAGGCUCAGAUGGGUCAGCAGGUGUACGGGGCGGCGGUGCUGCUGGGGGCCGGAUCAGCCACCAUCCUGGUCAUAUCGCUGGCCAUGACGGCCGAGCUCAUCGCCGAUCAGACGCAAAGUGGAGCGUUCGUCUACGGGGCCAUGAGCUUCACCGAUAAGGUGGCCAACGGAGCGGCUGUGAUGAUCAUCCAGGCUCUGCAUCCCUGCCAUACGGUGGGUUGCUGUCCGGCCUGCGUCUGGUUCUAUCACUACGUCAUGGUUUUCGUAACGGGAGGCGUCGCCGUGGUGGCAGCGUUGGGUCUCUGCUCCAUCCUCAUCUGGCCCAUCAAGAUCCGCCUCCGGAACGAAGCGACCGGACUCAACUAACGGCAUCUCCUCCUGCAGCAGUCGCACACAAACGCUUUCACUUUUGUUUCUUUCUUGCCUUCGUUUGGAGUUUUUCAGGGAAAAGCAGCGAUGACUCAGCAGGAUUCCUGACUGGCUGCUCAUCUGGACUAAAACCAGAAGAGCUUUACUGACAUUCACAGAUGUUUCCAGCCUGGAUCUGGUUUUCUCAUCAUUUUCCAAAAGAUUUGAAGUCACUCUAAAAGCCCGGUUAUUGCAGGAGCAUGGACCUGUAGACAGAAUAUUACAUCCUUCAUUAUUUUAUUACUGGAUCGAUGAAACGGGGCAAAGAAAAGAAAAACAGAACAGAGACGUGCAGAUUUUCUCUGCUGGAAAUGAUGAUGACAGGAUUCAGAAAAGAAAAGAAGUGGAACUAGACACUCUAAAAUCAAUUAAUUCAAACAUUAACUCAGCAGGAAUGUGAACUAUUUAUCUGUUUCAGCUCAGUCUAAACCGGAAAGCAGACAUUUCUGACAGAUCUGUGGGUGUUUCCAGGUGGAAUAAUGUCCUUAAGGAGCCUUAAUAUAAUUAAGUUUCCGUUUAUUAAACCAGUGUUCAGUAUCUGAGCUGCUGGUACCAUCAGAGAUCUAAUAUCCAGCAUAAAACUCCGCUGAUUAUCGACCCGUUUAUUGGUAUUUUUGUAGCCGGAAAUGCGCUAGUUUGGCUCUGAAGCGGCUGCCUUUACACACCAAUCAAGACUCAUAGAUAAAUGCAGACAAAUUCUCUUUUAAUUUAACAAAAACAAAAUGAAACAAGUGGAACAAAAUUGGAGUUUGUGUUACUCUAAAUUCCGAUAUCGUUUAGUGGUCUUCACGAUUACUUAUGUUGGUGUCUAACCUGAAGAAAAACCAUUGGUUGACCCCUAAUUUAGUCUCAGAUGAUGUUGCUCUGAAUUAUCUGAACAUAACGGAUGGUUGUGAAGCUUCUUGUUGAGUUUGAGCCUCUAAACUACAUUUCCAACUCAACAUGUGAACACGACAGCUUACUGAGCUUAAGUUCUCCUCCAGGCCUGCUUUGUCUGCUGAACACAGAGAACUAAACCGAUCCCAAAACUCCAGAAACGUCCGAGUUCCAGCAUCAGUGUGUCUGAUAAAAGCUUCAUCACAUCAGUAGAAAGUGUUACUGAUUAAACAACACAGUGAUGGACGUAUCUGAGGGAAACAGGCGUGAUGUGAGAGCAGUGACUGGAUGUUUUAAUCAGCUGAGAAUUGUGGAAAAUGAUGAGGAAAGAAGCUCGUUAAACCAGGAAGGGAACAUCUCAUGACUGCUAAAGGGAACCGUUCUCCUCUUAUGAGGGACUGAACACGAUGAAGGGAACCAGAGGAUUUGUGGAACAGUUGAGAUGCAGGGUGCUAACAGCUGAUGUCCUCUCAGUAUUUAGUGACAUCAGAUAGUUAGCGGUUAAACCUGUCCUUGAAGGAUCUUUCAGUAAUAAUAAAUCACUACAGCGAGAAGGACGACACACAGACGGCGCUGAAGCAGGAACUUCUCUGGGCGGAUUUCAACGUGAAGCACUUUGUUUGUGAGAUCUGGAUUCUGAGUGACUUUAAAGCAGCUUCGGAGCGUCUCCGGUUGCUUCUAUUUGUGUGGAUUUUAUGAGGAAAAAGCACUAUUUGGGGUUUUCUCCCUUCAGGAACAACCGCUCGGUGUUUUGUAGGGAUUCCUCUGCGUGAGUCGUUGUACUUUAUACGUGGUUUUACAAUCAAAAGGAAUAUUAUGGUACAGAUAUUUUUCUAAUCAAAACAAACUUGAACUCUGUUUGAUAUUAUGAGAAUUAAAAGGGAUCAAUGCUAUAAAAUGUAUUACUAUGACAUGUAAAUAUCAAUAGAAGGGAAUUAGAGCUGUGAAUGGGGAGCAGGUGGGGAAACUUUUUGUUCAACCAAAGCUUUGGCUGAAUCUCUCAGCUCAACUACUCUGUGUUUACUGUGUUUAUGACUGAUCCUGUGUGUUUGAUGAAGGGACAAAUUAAACGGGUUUAAGGUGGAACACUG